AGUGUAGAAAGACCCUGGAAAUCUUCUUUAAUUAUUGGUCACAUUCUGUAACCUUUUUGUUUGUUUUUGGUCGUGGUCGAUACAAGAAGCCGCAUCAGAGACCCCCCCGCCAACCGAAGAGCUCCAACUGCGUGCCUUGCGUAUCUUGCGUAACUUGCGUUGCACAAGUCGAGCAUUGCCUCCGCAGUUCUCCGCCUUGACCUGUCAUGGAGGGAGGGAGCUCCCACGUUACGUUACGUAUCCCUGUGACGUAGCAUGCGCGGAAUAUUACUUAAGCGACUUUCUCUCGCCUCGCCUGACCGGUUCAAUUCUCCAGACCAGCCGACAAAGGAAGGAAAAAGAUGGCUCUCAGAGGUGCUGUAACCCGUCUGCUCACCAACAGCCAGAAAUGUGCUGCUGUCACUGCCUGCAGAGCCCAGAGCACAGAUGCUAUGGCCUUGAAAGAUGUCGACGAAAGCAAAAAGCCUGCGAAGGCCCCCAAGGUGCUGUUCAACUGGCGAGACGCUCUAAAUCUGGAGGGUCAGCUGACAGAGGAGGAGAUCAUGAUCCGGGACUCCUUCCGCGACUACUGCCAGGAAAAACUCAUGCCCCGCAUCCUAAUGGCCAACAGACACGAACAUUUCCACCGUGAGAUUGUCUCAGAGAUGGGAGAUUUGGGCGUCUUAGGCCCAACUAUUAAAGGGUACGGCUGUGCAGGCACUAGUUAUGUGGCCUACGGCCUGAUUGCCAGAGAGGUUGAGAGAGUGGACAGCGGGUAUCGCUCCGUCAUGAGUGUGCAGUCCUCACUCGUCAUGCACCCAAUCAAUGCUUAUGGCACAGAGGCCCAGAAGGAGAAGUACCUGCCCCGGCUUGCUCGCGGAGAGAUCCUGGGCUGCUUUGGCCUGACGGAGCCCAACCACGGCAGUGACCCCAGCAGCAUGGAGACCAAGGCCAAAUACAACCCGUCCAGUGGUACCUUCUCCAUCAGCGGAUCAAAGACCUGGAUCACAAAUUCUCCUGUGGCAGACAUUGCAGUGGUGUGGGCAAAGUGUGAAGAUGGCAAAGUGCGCGGUUUCAUCUUGGAGCGCGGAAUGAAGGGUUUCGCCACCCCCAAGAUUGAGGGCAAGUUCUCGCUGAGGGCGUCCGCCACUGGCAUGAUCCUGAUGGAUGAAGUGGAAGUUCCACAGGAGAACCUACUGCCCAACGUCUCUGGUCUAGCUGGUCCCUUUGGCUGUCUGAACAACGCCCGGUAUGGCAUCGCAUGGGGAGCUCUGGGAGCUGCUGAGUUCUGCUUCCACGCUGCCAGACAGUACACUCUGGACAGAAUCCAGUUCGGGGUGCCGCUGGCCAGGAACCAGCUGAUGCAGAAGAAAAUGGCUGACAUGCUGACAGAGAUCACCCUCGGGCUUCAGUCAUGUCUGGCCUUGGGAAGACUCAUUGAUGAUAAAAAAGCAGCACCUGACAUGAUCUCCAUGCUAAAGAGGAAUAGCUGUGGUAAGGCUUUGGAUAUUGCCAGACAAGCCAGAGACAUGCUGGGAGGAAAUGGCAUCUCAGAUGAGUACCACAUAAUCCGGCACGUCAUGAACCUAGAGGCCGUCAACACAUACGAAGGAACUCAUGACAUUCAUGCCUUGAUCCUGGGAAGAGCCAUCACAGGACUGCAGUCUUUCACUGUUGAAAAGUAAAGGUUGAUUUGGACGACAUUUGUACAGCUAGGAAGUCUGAAACAUACCUCAGACACUAACUACGCAUGGUGCAUGUACAUUAUGUGACAUUAUAUGAAUUGUUGUUUUUUGUCACAAUUGGAUAAUAUGUAAAUAAAUGGCUUUGAAUGAG